GGUAGUUAGUCAAUUUGGAGUGACAAACAUCAAAUGCAGCUAUAAGGUUGAAUUGGAUGCAUCUGUGGCUGCUUAAUCGUCUUCAGCAUUUUUCUGCUUGCUGACGUCGCUUGCUUCUUUGACUAUUGCCACUGCCGCAAAGUGGACGCACAGUUACCACCCAUAUACGCGUCUAGUUGAUCGCCAUGCUGCACCAGACUAUGCCGCACCCCGCGAUGAGGGGGCAAGCGCGUCGCCCCUACCAGCGAUCACCUCCUUGCAAUAGGGCUUCACGUCUACGUACAAACGUUGCCGCUCACGGCUUCAGCACCACGAACAGCGUUAAGCUGUUUUCGCCGUCCAAGAUCAAUCUCUUCCUGCGGGUUGUUCGUCGCCGUGAGGAUGGAUACCACGACUUGGCAUCCUUGUUCCACGUGAUCGACCUGGGCGACGAAAUGGAGUUCUCCACCAGCCCCCACGCCACCAGCGACACCCUCACCUGCUCCGACCCCUCCAUUCCCUCCGACGGCAGCAACCUGGUCAUCAAGGCGCUGAACCUCUACCGGCGCAAGACGCUGCAGAGCAUGUACUUCAACGUGCGGCUCAACAAGCGGGUGCCACACGGCGCGGGUCUGGGCGGCGGCAGCGGCAACGCCGCCACCACCCUCUUCGCCGCCAACAUGCUGCUCGGCAGCCCCGCGAGCAAUGAGGAGCUGCUGGAGUGGUCGGGCGAGAUCGGCUCCGACAUCUCCGUCUUCUUCUCCAACGGCGCCGCCUACUGCACGGGACGAGGCGAGGUGGUGGAGGAUGUGGCCCCUCCAGUGCCGCUGGACAUGCCUAUGCUGCUCGUGAAGCCGCCUGUGGGUCUCAGCACGCCGCGCAUUUUCAAAUCGCUGGAUCUUGGUCGCCGCUCGACGGCCGACCCACGGGUCCUUCUGGCGGACAUUGCGGCGGCGCGAGGGGUGGACCAGGGCUCGGCGGUGAAUGACCUGGAGCAGCCCGCGUUCGACAACCUGCCCGAGCUGGCGGCACUGAAGCAGCGGCUGCAGGCUGCGGGGUGCUUCCGCAGCGUGUUCAUGACGGGCAGUGGCUCCACCAUCGUGUGCUUCGGAGCGGACACGGUGCCGGACUUCCUGCGGCGGGAGGAGCAGUACAAGGACUUGUUCAUUUCGCCCGCACGCCUCAUCACGCGGCAACCGGGCGGCUGGUAUGCGCCGAGCGGCCUUUGGAAGGAGCAGCAGUAGUGGUGUGCAUGCCGCGGGAUGCUGAUGGGGGGUGGGAGAGUUGUGUUAAGUAAACUGCGAGCUGCGGAUAAGCAGGAGGAAGGAACUGACGGGCUGCGGGUUUGGAGAGGCAGGGAUCAGGCAGCAUAAAUGCCGCCUGCCUUCCUGGAACGGUAGCACAUGGUCGUGUAGCGGUGGGUGGUGCCCUGGGGCGCGGCUGGUCAGUUGAGAGGCGGGUCGGCUGACCUCUCGGCUGACCGUGGCCGUGGCGUUCGGGUGUGCUGGCAACGCUGCAUGCGUGUGCGGGCGCCUGCGGGGGUCUGUGGGAGCGAGCACAUGCGGGAGGGGUACAUGCGGUGGUGAGGACUCCAGCGCGUGCGUGCGGUGUUUUUCUAAGGUUAACAUGGCCCAUGUCGUUGCUCGCCUUGGAGGGCUGCCAGGGGUGUGUGCCGGCGGGGUGCGCGUGCAGGGGUUCAAACAGCGACGGCGUGGGUUUUUCCAGUUGACGCCGCAUGUAGGUGUUGGUGCGUGGGAGCAGGUCGUGCGUGAUGCUCACGCGCUUUAGCCAAAAAGAGAAAGAGAUAAGGCGUACGAAAAAAUUGAUACGCACGUGUCCUGAUUGCCGUUGUAGGAACACAUCUGCAUAUGCUGCUCACAACCGCGCCAACGGCAAGGUAAAGAUUUAAGACAUUGUAAGCCGCCGCGCAAGCACAUGCGCUCUUUA